AUGGAGUAUUUGUAGCAUCUAUAGUACAAAGCAACUUCUUAAUUUGCUAAGCUUGUUACGCACACAUUUUUUAGGUAGAUAUAGGUUAUAGGAGCAUAAAAUAUUCCUAAUAAUGAGCCUGUUAUCAUAUGCAGCAACCAUAAUAAUUAGUUCAUGGAUGGAUUACUACUCGCCAGUCAUUUAAAUAGAGAGAUAAAAUUUAUAGUAGCUGCUAAGUCCAUGAGAAGACCAAUUAUAGGACAGUUCUCCAGAGCUUUAGGAGGAAUUCCAGUUGAAAGAGCUUAGGAUUUAGCUUUUUAAGGAAAGGGUUUUAUACUAAAAAUAGCAUCUACAUUUAUAGAAGGAUCUUAGACUUUAUUUCUUAAACAGUGCGAAGUAGGUAGCACCUUGACUAUUUCCUCAAUAGAAGAUGAAUUUUUAGUCACAGAAAUAGUUUCAAACGAACGAGUUAACAUUCAAAGAAAAGAAAAGUAUGAAAAUCCUGUUUCAAUAAAAAAAGCGUAUAAAAUCAUUCCAAAAUUAGAUUAAACCCAAAUGUAUGAUUCAGUCUGGAAAGCCUUAAAUGAAAAUUAAUGUAUUGGUAUAUUUCCAGAAGGUGGUAGUCACGAUAGGACUGAUCUUCUUCCAUUAAAGGCAGGAGUAUGUAUCAUGGCAUUAGGUGCUAUGUAAAAAUAUAAAAAGCAUGUUAAAAUAGUUCCUUGUGGUUUAAAUUAUUUCUCAGGUCAUAAAUUUAGGUCAAAAGUAGUAAUAGAAUUUGGUUAAGCUUAUGAAAUUCCUUAAGAGUUUGUUGAGAUCUACUCCUAAAGUAGAAGAUAAGCUAUUAGUAAAUUGCUAAGAGAAAUAGAAAAUAGACUGCGAGAUGUAACAAUCACAGUACCUACUUACAGAGAAUUGAAUUCAAUAUUUAUGGCUCGUAGAAUAUAUUUACCUGCAGAUAGAGAGUACACACCAAAGGAAGAACUUCAAUUAAAUAGAAAAUUUGCCUAAGGUUAUAUAAAAAAAAUUGAAGAUCCUAGAGUUAAAGAAAUGCUUGAAAAAAUAGGAUAAUAUAGUACCUAGCUGAAGAAUCUUGGCACUCAAGAUUAUGAAAUAAAGAAAUACAAUUCAUCACUUAAGAUAGACUAUAAAUCAUUAGCAAGUCUAAUAAUUAAGACUCUAUUUUAAAUGGGAUUUUCAUUUCCUGCUAUCAUUUUAAACAGCCCUAUAGCAGUAAUUUUGAGAUAUCUAUCUGAAAGAGAGAGAGUUAAAUGCUAAAAAAGUUCUAAAGUUAAAGUUUUAGGUAAAGAUGUAGUAGCUUCUUAUUAAGUAAUGUGUGCCUUCGUAAUACUACCUAUAGCUAAUGCACUCUAUACAUUUAUUUUUAGAUAUUUGCUUAAAAAUAAAUGCAAAUACUUUAAAAAUAAAAGCUUAAAGCUAGUAACAGUACUCUUUUUUUUACUCUACCCCAUUUACACAUUUAUUAUGGUUAAUGCAGCUGAUUAGAUUUCACUUAAUAUAAGAGCUAUAAAGGCUAAAUUUUUAUUUAUUACCAGAAAAGAAUAGCUUAAAAAAUUAAGGGAAUACCGUGAAUAGAUUUACAUUGAAAUUAGAGAUUUCAUUAAAGAAUAAUCUCGUAGUGAACUAAAAAGCAGUGGAAGUCUGUUAAGUUAAAAUGAUUUACACUCUUAACAAUAAGAAAUAUCAAUAGGAUAAAAAUCAAAUUAGAUUGACCAUAUAGAUGGAUUUUUCGAUGUUCUUGAAGAAAUUGGUUGUUGA